AACCGUAUCCUCACGACUCUUAUAGAAUGUUUAAAAUCCGGUACUUCCUUGAUUCGUGUUGACCUGGCGUUUACUGCAGCGUCGUUCAUGAAACAAGCUUUAAAUUAAAAGCUAAACCGGGGACAUAGAUUGUCUUAUCAUUUGUAACAAACUUAUUCAUGCAUGUUAAAAGUAUAAUCGGUAUGACUCAAACAUAAAUCUAAUAAAAGUACGUUUAACCUCUGCUGGAGUCUGUUUGGUCAGAACAUGUCAGCCUAUACGAGUCAUAGUUUCUCCGCGUCAUAUUACAUGUGGGCGUAAAUUGGUAAGAGCGCUGCUGGUUUGGUCUGGUCAGUAUAUAUGCUUAUUAUAAGUCAUAAAGGACUGGGUAUAUAGUUUAAAAUUUUAAAUAAUAUGUACAUUAAUCUGAUGUAUGCAGCAAAAGUGAGAUUUGAUGAUAUUGUUUUUAAGCACGUUUGAAUCAUACUUGUUUUUGCUCGGCCGAUAUGACGUCACAAACAAGCGAUUUCCGUUUGUUGGGAAUCGUUCUUGGAAGUGUUGUAUGUUUUGUUGGAACCAUUGGCAAUCUAAUUGCGAUUGUGGUGUAUAUCAGUAAUAAGAAAAUGCAGACUGCAUUUAAUUUACUGAUCGUAAAUCUGGCCAUGAUUGACCUCAUUACCUCCAGUACCAUCAUGCCGAUAAUUUUAUACGGUUAUAUAACCCAGUCAUGGCCGCUUAGUUUAACAGCUUGUGAGGUUUUUGCAUUCUUCUACUACAGCGCACAUUUUACUUCUACAAUAAAUCUCCUUAUGAUUACUCUCAACAGGUACAUGCAUGUAACGAGGCCCCAUGCGACUUACAAAAUUAUUUAUUCUGUGAAACGAAGACGAAUUUUGACACUUAUAGCUUGGUCUAUUAGUCCACUAUGUUUGUUGCCCUUGUUGUUUACGAAUGGCUUUAGUUGGUGGGAAGCAGGAUAUAUGUGUGCUUAUUCAAGAUUGGAAGGAUUUUCCAACGUUUACUCAUUGUUUUUGGGAGUUUUAUUCCAACUUCUCCCUUUUUUAUUGAUGGUGGUACUUUAUAUUUUUAUUUUUCAAACCGUGAAGCGAAGUCAUGCCAAUAUAGAUAACCCCAAAAUACAAGUUGACGAAUGCGAAAGUUAUUACAGCACCGAGACGCGGACCCCGGGCGGGAAUUCUGUAAGUCCGCCUUCCGCUACGUUUCGUUCAGAACCGUACAAGUUACGGUUGGGAUUUGAUGUUUCACCGUCUCGAAGCUCAAACGUUUUUCCGAGAAAAUUUCCGAUUAAAACAUUAAGCACAGACACGCUAUCCCCUCCAACUUGGCGAGACCGCUCUCGCGAAGACGAACUGCGUCGUUUUCAUGAAGACUUCAAUCUACCGAAUACACCCCGAACAAAUUCCAACAACCAAAACGAUCCCAAAAACGACAGCAGUGGGACCGAGUUCGCAGUUCUUCGCUGUCAAACAGCAGUGGUCCGAAAAGCAAGACUUUGCCGAUCCGUUACAACUGGGAGCAUAUAUCCUACCAUAGCAUCAACGAAUACCAACUCAAAUGGGUCAGCUCUUGUUAAACAAUAUUCCUCGCUCGCGUCCAAGAUACGUUCAGUGACCUUCUGCAGUAUGGACUUAGUGAAACAUAGUAAACCGCCUGAAGUAAAUGAUAUCAAUGAAGAUUACUGUAGCAACAAUAAUCUAGCUUGCGUUACAAGAAGCGGGCGAGAAAACAGAGUAAGACCACUUCAACGUCCAACAACGUUAAACGUUCGAGCCUUAAGCAGACCCAUACUUAACAAGGACAGUUCAAGUUUGUCGAAAUCACCAAAAUGGUUCUCUACAGAAAACAUACUAAGAUCACCUCAAGCUUCGAUCAGAAGAUUCUCCAUUUCUUUUGGAAGCAAACCAUCACAGACUUCUUCGUUGAAAAGAAGAAAGUCACUUCACCAUGCUAAGACUCAGCGUCAACUUAUAUAUAUGAGCAUUACCAUUUGCGUGGCGUUCGCUGUGUGUGCUUUACCGAGUGUCAUAAUGAAUUUGGCUGCGACGUACGAAGACAUCCCGCCAGUUUUCCAUAUGCUUGGCUCCAACUUAGGCUGGUUAAACGCUAUGAUCAAUCCAAUAGUAUACGCUGCAAUGAACUCCCAGUUUCAGAAAGCUUAUUCAAGAUUGUUUCGAAGGUUUCUAAGUAUUUUCAAUUGCCGUUCACCGUUGUUACCAAGCAGGAGAUGUUAAAAUGACGACUUAUUUAAUUCUGUAUUGAUUGAAAGAAUGAAUGUAAUUUAUUCAUCCUCGUGCGGCAAAAAUAUGACAGUUGUUGUAAUACGGAUGUUCUGUUUCAUACACCUCGUGCCCGCUUUGUUAUAGCGUGACCUUCAGGGCAUAACUUUUUAUACUUUAUUUGCGAUCACGAAUAAAUCAAAAUUAUUUGUUA